ACCAACCAGCAAAGCCAUGACGUCACUUGAUUCUUGGCUACCAAGAUUUGAAUUUUCCACUAUACAAGAAUUUUCUAUUACAGCCGCCGGCCCACAAGCAGUUCUAUAAGUGCCUCAGCUCAUCACGAUCAACGAUCAUCCUCAUCUUCUAUACUUAGCCCCAAAACUAAGAAUUCUACCAUUCCCAUAACAAAAUGGACAAAGCACAGCUUGUGUUCGUCCCCACACCAGGCAUGGGCCACCUUAUAUCUGCAGUGGAGCUAGCGAAGCUUCUUCUCAGCCGCGAUUACCGCCUCUCCAUCACCGUUCUCAUCAUUGAUAUUCCUCUUUUAAACUCCAAGCUCCACAACUACCUUGAAUCCCUGCAGGAUUCCUCGUUCGUUUUGUCUAAUCGUCUUCGAUUCAUUGAACUACCAAAAGAUGAUCCUGAAUUAUCAAAUUUUCAUUCUUUCUUUGAAAGGCAGAAACCCAGUGUCAAAGAAGUUGUGUUGAAGCUCACUCAGGCUGAAUCAAAUGCCGACUCACCUCGGCUUGUGGGUUUUGUUCUUGAUAUGUUCUGUACGCCGAUGAUGGAUUUGGCUGAUGAGUUUGGAAUUCCAUCUUAUAUUUUCUUUGCAUCAGGCGCAGCCUUUCUUGAGUUGAUGCUUUAUGUACAGAAAAUUCAUGAUGACGAGAAUUUUAACCCGAUUGAGUUCAAGGACUCGCAUACUGAGUUAAUAGUGCCGAGUUUGGUGAACCCAUUUCCGACUAGGAUUUUGCCUUCUCCGAUCUUAAAUAAAGAGCGGUUUGGUCAGUUACUUGUCCUCGCAAGGAAGUUCAGACAAGCUAAGGGUAUCAUAGUAAAUACAUUUUUAGAGUUAGAAUCUAGUGCGAUCGAGUCCUUUAAAGUGCCUCCAUUGUAUCAUGUGGGACCCAUUUUGGAAGUGAAAUCAGACGGAACAAACACUCACCCAGAAAUCAUGCAAUGGCGUGAUGAUCAACCGGCAGGAUCAGUAGUGUUCCUAUGCUUCGGGAGCAUGGGAAGUUUUAGUAAGGAUCAGUUGAAAGAGAUUGCCUAUGCGUUAGAGAAUAGUGGCCAUCGGUUUUUAUGGUCCAUUCGCCGGCCGCCACCUCCAGAUAAAAUAGCGUCUCCUACUGACUACGAAGAUCCACGAGAGGUCUUGCCUGAAGGAUUUUUAGAACGAACAGUUGCUGUCGGAAAGGUAAUAGGCUGGGCUCCACAAGUUGCUGUGUUGGCUCAUCCAGCCAUCGGAGGUUUUGUGUCGCAUUGUGGGUGGAACUCUGUGCUGGAGAGUCUCUGGUUUGGUGUUCCGAUUGCCACGUGGCCUAUGUAUGCAGAGCAACAGUUUAACGCGUUUGAAAUGGUGGUGGAGCUGGGAUUGGCCGUGGAAAUUGAUAUGGGUUAUAGGAAAGAGAGUGGAUUAAUUGUGAAUUCUGAUAAAAUAGAGAGAGCGAUAAGGAAUUUGAUGGAGAACAGUGAUGAAAAAAGGAAAAAGGUGACGGAAAUGCGUGAGAAGAGCAAAACGGCCUUGAUCGACGGUGGAUCUUCAUUUAUUUCGUUAGGCGAUUUUAUAAAAGAUGCUAUGGAGGGAUAAUGUCUAACCCGCAAUAUAAAAUAAGAGUAUAAUUUA